AUUGCUUGCACUUCAUUGACAGUGUCCUCUGCUCCGCCUCAUAUCGUUGCGCGUGGGGGUUUCCUCUUCCGGGCUCGUAACCUCAAGUACGAAAGCUUGAUUAUGUUGUACUCGCGCACCCUCCGGCUUCUGUCUGUAUGUCAUCGGAGAGGGGAAAUUCACACUCGUGCACCAUCGGAUCCUGACCCCGACCUCUGGCAAAAAUUUCCUGUGAGUGCGGCGGCGCUCACUCCGACUGCCUGGUCACCGUGAACCUACAAAAUUGCUUCCCGGUUGUAUCUCCGCCCAACCGAAUACGUUGCAGAGGGGAAUAACCCCCUCACUGACGACUCUAUGAUAUGUCUUUAAUCGCUACGGCUUCCCAGAACGAGGGCGAGGGGAAUGACAGUGGUCCCGGGAGUUCUGCCAAAUCCAAACGUCGCCAAACUGUAUCCGCAGCAUGCGAGCGCUGUCGGAAACACAAAAUCAAAUGUGACAACCAACGCCCUGUCUGCUCGCCCUGUCAACGCCGCAAUCAGAAAUGCGAAUUUGUCACGAAUGCCUCCGAGACCCGGCGCGAUGCUCGCAAAAGAAAACUCGACGAGGUCGAGCAAAUUAUCCAGCUCCUUAGUGAGGUAUUGUCCAACGCCGACGACGCUGCCAUCGAUGCGAUCCGGACCCAACUCCGCGCCGGCGGGAGUCUCCCAGAUGCAUUGCGUCAAGUGACAGGUUCGGGACCAUCGCGAUCUCAAAUAUCAUGGCCGUCAGCACGGCCGAGGCAGCGAACGUCCGUCGCCCACGAAGACGAUCUGGUCUCCUCGCCAGUCGGCUCCCAAUCCGAGUUGGACGAAGACCUCCCAACCCAACACACACGGCUGCAGAGAGUCGACAAGUCUCGGAGUGAAGCCCAACUACAUGAUACGUUCAUCCGCGUACUUGCUCAGAGCACAGCGUCUUUAUUCAGGAUCUUGUCUGUCGGUUGCUUUGUAUUGCAAACGGAGCAGGGCAUGCGGACGUCGAUGACGGCGGAAUCUCUGUUGGCCUCGCGUGACUGGAUCAUCACUCCAGAAGUACUGGAUCAUGUGAUCUGUGGUACGGCGGUAGACAAUAUCUCCACCCACGGCAUGGCAAGUGACAGAUAUACUCUGCAGAACACUGCCACCGACACGAAAGACGACUUUGUUCGUCAAUCCAUGCAACACGAAUCUGUCCGCAGCCAUCACCAUCAAUAUGAUACCCACCCUCGACCUCUAUUUCAGGUGCAAGCUUCCAGGUGGACCGUCUUGCUCAUUAGCGAAACAUCAGCCUCGCACCUAAUCUCGACAUUCGUGACUGGCCCCAAUUCAUACUGGCGAUUGGUCGAGGAUGACCUCUUCAUACGUGAUCUCAAUCAGGGCAGACCGGGACAUUCCAGUCCCUCGCUGUACUGCAGCGCUCUACUCGUCAAUGCAGUUCUCGGGUUCGGAUGCCUUUUCGCCGAAUGUAACGAAGCAGUCGACAUGCCUGAUGACUUAUACUCGCGCGGGGACCGCUUUUACAAGGAAGCUUUGCGGCUGUGGCAAUUGGAGCAAAAGACGGGCCACUCCUCAAUUGUCAAUAUGCAAGCAUUGCUGGUGUUGGCAUUGCAGGCGAUUCUUCGCGGCGAUUCGGAAACCGGAAAUAAUCUCAUUCGUGCAGUCUCGAUCAUGAAUCGCUUACUGCCCCGGCUGAAUCCAUAUCCAAAUAUGGAUCAGAACUAUUUCGAACAAGCCCGCGCCCGAAGCUGCGUCGCCUCUGCAGCGGUUUGGUUUCACAUGUUACAUAGCCUCGACAUGCUCCACAGCACCAGCACACUCAAUGUUUCUUUGCAUGAUGCUGUUGAUUUACACCACUGGUUGCCAGACACAACGGAACAGUGGCAAUUAUAUCCGUAUCUCCCCGAGGGACAGCCAUUCCGCCGAAACGCGCUCUUACAUGCUCGAACCACCUUGACACAAUUUCAGUGGGAUGCGAUACAUGCACUAUCGACCACUGGCACGCUCAGAGCGCAUAGGAUAGAGACAGUCCAGGCCGCGGUCAAAGGGAUAGAAAGCAUCAACUCAUGGGUUGACGGUCUCCCGGAGUACCUUAAAUACAAUCGCACAAUGCCGCUGCCAUUAUACGAAUUUCAUGCGCAGAUACACUCGAUGCAAAUGGUGCUUUUCAGUCACCUACUCGAAGCUUCUGGCCGCGGUUACGAUAUCAGUGCUACAUACGACCGUGAAGCCGACACGAUCAUGACCUACGAUACUUGGCCAGAGACGCAAUCACUCCGCGCACAGCUCCUCCCCGUCCUUUGUCAAUCCGCCACAGCGCUGCGAGACUUCCGCAUUCGAUACGGCUGGAAAGUGCCGCCCGCAUGUCUAUACCAACAAGCUGCGAUGACUUGCAUGAUUCUUCUCGUCGAGCUUCAACGAAACCUACUACAUCCUUCAACACAGGCCGAAUCCUCCCAAUUGGUAUCCGCCAUGUUUGCGCUGCAAACCACCACGAGCCGCCACAGUGCAGAACCACAAACCCAGAGGUCCAGCUCUCAACCCUUGAAAAUGGAACUGUCGCCAUCCGCAAUACCAUCCACCCACCAGCUCACUCCGACUAGUUUCUCACCCCUCCCUUCACUUCAGGCUCUCCAGUUGCCCUCGCUCUCCUCCCGUCACUCGUCUCACAGUCCGCAACAGUCUUUACACUCCCCACAACCAUCACAACCAUCCAUCUCUCAACCCAUGGAGGCAUUUGAGGAGAGUUUCCGCGCUCUACUAGCAUGUGCCCUGCAACUCAAAGCAUCGCGGGAUGCAAUGCACCAUAUGUGCGCUCUGGCCGCAGAAUUUGAAAUCCCUCUUCCUAGCCGCACGCAGCAGAUGCUGGACCUCGUCGCGAAGGAGUCGAGCCAUUGGGCGACUUGGCAGAAUGAGAGGAAUCGGGAAGCUGAUGGUGAGGGAAGUGGGAAGGGUUUCAGGGGACUGGUCAGGAGAUUACUUGAGAAAGGGGCGAGAGGACUGGGAGGAGAGUAGUGAGGUCUUCACAGCGAGCGAGGAUCAUUCCGCUGGGACGACAAUGAUCCUUCGGCCUUUGGGGCUCAUGACUCAUCAUGACAGAGCAACCAAGGUAAACGAUGAAAGAAACCUGACAAUGUCUCGGUGACAUGUCAUAUCGUUUCUAAAAGUGUCGGACAUAUACAUAUUCACCAACAGUAUAUAUCGUGUAUCACCUCAUUUGACACAGUAAGAUAUGUUUCGCACCAAAGGUGACCUAUCGGAGAAGGAGUGGUGGAGGUUCGAUGU